AUGGAAGGGAUUGGCACUGCUGACCCCAAUUCCCUGGACGAAUAUUUGGCGGGAGACGGCUACCGCGGCCUGGCGGACGCCCUGUCGAUGAGACCCGACGCGGUCAUCGGCCUGGUUCUGGACGCUGGGCUGCUGGGUCGCGGCGGAGCCUAUUUCCCGGCGGCCCGCAAGUGGCAGGCGGCCCGACGGGUGAGUUCCACCCGGCGACACCUGGUGGUCAACGCGGAAGAGGGCGAGCCCGGCGUCUUCAAGGACCGGCACCUGAUGGAGGGUAAUCCCCACCGUAUUAUCGAAGGGGCCCUCAUCGCCGCCUACGCCGCCGGCGCCGGGAAUGUGGUGAUCUACAUCAACGCGGAGGCGAACCUUUCGGCGGACCGCAUGGCGUCGGCCCUGGCGGCUGCGGAGGCGGCGGGCCUGGUCAGCGUCGAUGUGUUGGGGAGCGGCUUCGCGUGCGCGGUCACCAUCCGUCGCGGCGCCGGCGGCUACGUUUGCGGAGAGGAGACGACGCUGCUCAAUACGGUGGAAGGGCGACGGCGCGAACCGCGUCUGCGUCCACCGUUUCCCACCGAUGCGGGGCUGUACGGUGAGCCGACGGUGAUCAACAACGCGGAAACUCUCGCCAACCUCCCUGCCAUUCUGCGGGGAGGCGCGCGUCGGUUCGCGUCGGUCGGCCUCAACGACGCGCGAGGGACUCGGCUGGUGUCUCUGAGCGGCGCGGUGCGGCGGCCGGGCCUGGCUGAAGUGCCGAUGGGCGUCACGGUCCGGCAGGUCAUUGACCUUGUUGGCGGGGGAGUGCCGGAAGGACGCAGUCUUGGGUUCGCCGCAGUGGGCGGACCAUCCAGCGGGCUGUUGCCGCCGAGCGAGCUGGACGUUCCUUUGCGGCCCGGUAUGCUUCAUGACAGCGGCGUCGUGAUGGGGGCCGGCGGCAUCACCGUCUUCGACGACCAAGCGUCGCCGGCGGAAGUCGCGGCGCGUUUGAGCCGGUACAACGCCGCCGAGUCCUGCGGCAAAUGCACGCCCUGCCGCGAGGGCACCCCUCGGAUCGCCGAGGCCUUGGAUCGAGUGGCUGCCGGCAAAGCUCAGGCCGCGGACGUGCAGGAUCUGCGAGAUUUGGCCGAAAUCGUCGCGGCCGCUUCGCUGUGCGGGUUGGGCCAGAUGGCGGGUAACCCGGUAACCAGUCUGCUGCACUUUUACGGCGACACGUUAGGCGGGAACGUCAACGAAUAA